CCUCCCGUCCUCCACCAGUUCCCCUCCGCAUCAAGUGCCCUCACACUCCGCCAGCCUAUUACCCUACACCUGCAUAAUCAGCCUCAGCUGCCUCUCGCGUCUGGCCCGUUACUGACAGAUUCGAGUGUAAUCUGCCCUGUGGUGGACUGUCCAACAUCCAAGAUGUCCCAGUCGUCCACCGCUGAUGAGGGUACAACCUUUGAACACUUGUGGAGUACCCUUGAGCCAGACAGCACAUAUUUUGAGCUUCCUCAGGCGGGACACUCAGGGGACAGGGUGCCUUCCAGCAGCCUGCCCAGCAACCAUGCUGAAGUCUGCAUGGACGUCUACCAUAUGAGAGACAUGAGAGACAUCAACGACAAUGUCAUAUCUCAGUACAGCCUACUGAGCAGCAGUAUGGAACAAGGUUUGGGGAACAGAGCAGCGUCUACCAGUCCCUACAGCUCAGAGACCACCUCCAACGUGCCAACGCCGUCACCCUACUCCCAGCCAAACUCGACCUUCGAGGCCAUGUCUCCAGCCCCGGCCAUCCCCUCCAACACUGACUACCCCGGGCCGCACAACUUCGAGGUCACCUUCCAGCAGUCGAGCACGGCCAAGUCAGCCACCUGGACGUACUCUCCACUGCUUAAGAAGCUGUAUUGUCAGAUCGCCAAGACCUGUCCGAUUCAGAUCAAACUGGCUUCCUCGCCCCCAAACGGCGGUGUGAUUCGAGCCAUGCCCAUCUACAAGAAGGCCGAACAUGUCACAGAGGUGGUCAAACGUUGUCCUAACCAUGAACUCGGACGGGACUUCAAUGAAAGUCAGACAGCUCCUGCCAGUCACUUGAUUCGGGUGGAGGGCAGUAAUCUGUGUCAGUAUGUGGAUGAUCCUGUGACGGGCCGACAGAGUGCUCUCGUUCCUUAUGAGGCUCCACAGGUGGGCACCGAGUUCACAACGAUUCUGUAUAAUUUCAUGUGCAACAGCAGUUGUGUCGGUGGAAUGAACCGCAGGCCCAUCCUCAUCAUCAUCACGCUGGAGACACGAGAUGGACAGGUUCUCGGCAGGCGUUCGUUUGAAGGCCGGAUUUGUGCCUGUCCCGGUCGAGACCGCAAAGCAGACGAGGAUCAUUUCAGGGAGCAACAGGCACUAAAUGAGAGCGUGGCCAAAAAUGGAAAUGCCAAUAAACGAAAUUUCAAGCAGACUCCAGCCAAUAUUACAGGCCCUUGCAUCAACAUCAAGAAGAGGCGACAUGGAGAAGAGGAGAUGUAUUAUAUUCCAGUGAGAGGCUGGGAAGUGUAG